UAUUUCUGUGAGAAUUUAGUAUAAAAGCCUGGCCAACAGCCAACAAAAUCAUCAGUUUAUGUUUGCAUCUACAGCCCAACACAUCUUAAGGAUACUCUCAAAAUGUUUGCUCUACGUUUCUCGGUCUGUUUCAUUGUCAUUGCCUUUAUUAUGGCCGUGGUCAUGUUGAACACCAGUGAAGCCGCCUACCGCAAGCCCCCCUUUAAUGGCAGCAUUUUUGGCAAACGUAAUAGUGUGGAAUAUGACAAUGCCAAGGCCGUUACCGCCAUGUGUGAGAUAGCCAUGGAGGCUUGCCAGUCAUGGUUCCCCCAACCAGAAAACAAAUAAGAAGUUUACCAUACAGAAUGAACCUUUGGCUAACGAUAUAUUCUAAAUAAACUUGUAAUUAAUUUUUAUAUUUAUCUAAUUUAUAUAUU